UUGGAAGUCGUGGAUUACAAUAAUGUAGAUAAUAAAUUAAAUAUAGGAUAUGGAGACUAUGCAAUAGCUAUUCUUUGCUUUGCUCUGUUGACGAUGAAUCUUAUUGGGAGUAUUUACGAUAUCUUCUUACAAAAACGAGAAGUAAAAGGCAACAAGUUUAUUCUAGCUUUCUCUAUCAAGCGAAAUUGGGAAAAAUUGAUCGCCCCCGAUUCUAAUAACCCUCGUUAUGAACGAUUAAAAGUAUUCCAUGGUGUCAGGACCAUAAUAUCGGCUUUGGUCAUAUCUGCACAUUCUAUCGUGCCGUUUACCAAUAUUCCAAAAAACACACGUAAUCUUGAAGCGAUCUACGACAUUCUGCCGUACCACACCUUCAUAAACGGCACACCAAUUGUUCAGGUUUUCUUCUUAAUGGCUGGUUUCUUGCUGGCCUUCAAUAUGCAAAUGAAAUCGGAGAAGAUGAAAUUUACCUGGGUGAUGAUACCAAUUGAAAUUUGCAGGAGAUGGAUGAGGUAUGUUAUUUGA